AUGCAGACUGCUUCUACAAACAUUUGUGAAAGAAUGGGUUGUUCUCAGGAGCUCAGUAAAUUCAUGUGUGGUACUGUGAUAGGUUGCCACCUGUGCAAUAAGUCCAUCCGUGAAAUUUCCUUGCUACUAAAUAUUCCACGGUCAACUGUUAGUGGUAUUUUAACAAACUGGGAACAACGGCAACUCUGCCACCAAGAGAGCGAGGUUAGCGCAUUCUGAAGCAUACAGUGUGCAGAAGUCGCCAACUGUCUGCAUAGUCAAUAGCUAAAGACCUCCAAACUUCAUGUGGCCUUCAGAUUAGCACAACAGCAGUGCAUAGAGAGCUUCAUGGAAUGGGUUCUAUGGC